AUUGCAAUCUAUAUAUAUAACGGAAACGACAUUUCUCCAUCAAACUUUCUUUACUUUCUGCGGCAACAAUAUGAUCGAACUAACUCUGAAACUGAAAGCUUAGGAUCUUUGAUCUAUCAAAAAAUUAGUUCAACUUUUUCUCCAUAGCAUUGCAUCGGAUUGGUACAUAGGAUAUUUUUGACAAUUCAUAUAAGCGUUUGAAUGAACAAUGGAUCCCCAGGAAGGAGGAUCGGAGAGAGAUAAGGCAAAAUCUACGACUUCUUCUACUCCUCUCGCCGCUGUCUCUACCUACUGGAGAGACUUUGAUUUAGAGAAAGAAAGGAGUAUACUGGAUGAACAAGGUCUUAGAAUUGCUGAAAAUCAAGAUAUCAGUCAGAAGAACCGCCGGAAACUUGCGGAGAGCACUCGAGACUUUAAAAAGGCUUCAAAAGAAGACAAGUUGAGCUUAUUUAACUCUUUGCUCAAGGGUUAUCAAGAAGAGGUUGACAAUCUUACAAAGAGAGCAAAAUAUGGGGAAAAUGCUUUUCUUAACAUUUAUCAGAAACUUUAUGAGGCACCAGAUCCCUACCCGAUUAUUGCUUCUAGUGCUGAAAAGGAUUCAAGGAUAUCAGAAUUAGAAUCUGAGAAUCGAAAAAUGAAGGUUGAGCUUGAAGAAUUUCGCAUGGAGGCAACUCACUUGAAAAAUCAACAAGCAACAAUAAGAAGACUUGAAGAGCGUUGCCGUCAGUUAGAACAACAGAUGGAGGAGAAAGUCAAGGAAGUUGUAGAAAUUAAGCAACGCAGUUUGGCAGAAGAGAACCAGAAAACUCUUGAGGUUUUAAAAGAAAGGGAACAACUAUUGCAGGAUCAAUUACGGCAAGCACAAGAAAGUGUUUCGACUAUGCAAAAGUUGCAUGAACUUGCACAGAGCCAGUUGUUUGAAGUCCAUGCACAAUCAGAGGGAGAGAGGGCAGCAAAGCAAUCAGAAGUCAGCUUGUUAAUGGAUGAAGUUGAACGGGCUCAGACUCGCCUUCUUAGUCUUGAAAGAGAAAAGGGAUUGUUGCGCUCACAGUUACAGACGGCAAAUGAAGAUAAUGAUCACAAGAACAGCGAUAAUUUGGACGCAAAUAGUGCUCUUGAGACUUCUCUGAUUGCCAAGGAGAAGUUCAUUUCUGAGCUAAAUACAGAACUUCAUAAUUUGGAGAACACCUUAUCAAAUGAGCGAGAACAGCACAUGAAUGAGAUAAAGAAGUUGAAUGCGCUGCUUAAUGAAAAGGAAGUUGCUCUUGAGGAACUGAAGAAGGAACUUCAAGCAAGGCCAACAACAAAGUUGAUUGAUGAUUUGAGGAAGAAAGUUAAAAUCUUACAGGCAGUGGGUUACAAUACAAUUGAGGCUGAAGACUGGGAAGUUGCUACCAGUGGAGAAGAAAUGAGCAAACUUGAGUCCUUACUUCUUGAUAAGAAUCGGAAAAUGGAGCAUGAGCUGACACAGUUAAAGUUCCAACUUUCUGAAAGGACGUCUUCAUUGGAAUCUUCUGAAGCCAAGAUUGUAGAAUUAACUGCAAAGCUUAAUGAACAACAACGAUUAGUACAGAAGUUAGAGGAUGAUAUUCUAAAGGUUUGUGCAGUUUUCUCCCCUCCCAUUCUCCCAAACCCAGGUUUGUUGGAUAAUGCAGAACAGAGGCAUGUUUCAUCAGACCAAGAUCAAAACUCUAUGCUUAAGGUGAUUUGCAACCAAAGAGACCGCUUCCGGGUUCGCUUGCAGGAAACUGAGGAGGAAAUUAGACGGCUGAACGAGAAGAUAGGGGCGUUGACCUCAGAACUCGAAAAAACAAAAGCAGAUAAUGUCAAACUUUACGGAAAGAUCCGUUAUGUUCAGGAUUAUAAUUCUGAGAGAGUGAUCUCAAGAGGAUCAAAGAAGUAUGCAGAAGACCUAGAAAGUGGUUUCAGCUCAGAUGUGGAAUCCAAAUACAAGAAGAUGUAUGAGGAUGAUAUUAAUCCAUUUGCAGCAUUCUCAAAGAAGGAAAGAGACCAAAGAUACAAGGAACUGGGUUUGAGAGACAAGAUUACUCUCAGCAGUGGACGUUUUCUUCUUGGUAACAAAUAUGCCCGUACCUUUGCAUUCUUUUACACCAUUGGGUUGCACAUUUUAGUGUUCACCUGCCUAUACAGGAUGUCAGCUUUGAGUAACCUCAGCCAUGGAUCUGAAGAAUCUUUUGUUGGAGACAAGACUAUUAAUCUUCCUCAUGCCCUAUAGGUCCCCUUCAAUAUGUCAAAAAUUCCGAGUCUUUUAAGUCCUUGCAAUCGCGUGGGAAACAUAGGAGCUCUGUAUAACAUGUAUAGGUUAAAAAUGACACAUGAAUUGUAUAAUUCAAGUUUGAUUGUGCAUUAAGAAACUAUCAAAUCCUGGUCCAGUGGAUUUCUUCUUGCUCUCUAGUGUUGUUUCUUUCCA